AUGACAACGACGUUAGCUACGGCGACAACGACCAGCGGGCCUCCGCCUUCGAUCCCAGCACUUACAACGACAUUCACGCCAGCCUCGUCAUGCACGAACUACCACAUGCUGCUGUAUGAGGCGAGCGGGUUCGCAUGCAUGGUUGGCGAUCAGUCGUCGCCGUGCCAGUACCUUCAUCUCGGACCGUCCACGACAGACGGCUGUCUACCGUCGGACUGGAGCACAGGGACUGAUGCGUAUUACUCCCCCGGUGUGUGUCCGACCGGAUACACAGAGGCGUGCUCCAACCUGGUUAGCGUUGGGACAGUGACGGAGACGAGGGCGACGUGUUGUCCCAGCUCGUACAUCUGCCAAACAGACACCUAUUGGCCCUGGUACGACAAUAACAAAUGCACGAGAAUCGUCGACACCACCGAGGUAUACACCUACAUGACCGACGACCCUGACGAUGGACUCAUCACGACGACCUCCAAAGAUAAAUACGGAGCCAACGCAUACGCAGUCAUGAUUCGCUAUCAAUCGGCCGAUCACCUCCCUCCGACCACUUCAGCAACAACCACGGCCGCUACCGCUUCGCCAACUUCGACCACCUCUCAGACGCAGUCUGCAACGUCUUCCCCAGACUCGGGCACGCUUUCUACCGGCGCGAAGGCAGGAAUCGGAGUCGGCGUGGCCGCGGGAGUCAUUCUCUUGGUGGUGGGUACAGCCAUUUGGUUCUUUCGUCGGCGCAGGGGAAAUGCUGCUGCGGUGUCUGACACCAACGGGACGGAGAACCCGGUGCAACCGAGUCAGUAUGAUAAGCCCGAGCUUGCUGGUACGCAAGUAUACCCCACGGCGGAGUUGGCGGGUAGCCAGCCCUUUCCGGGGCAGACGCUUGCUCACCACGUACCGGCACCGGAGCCGGUCGAGCUAGGGACAGGGAAAGAAUGA